GAGUAAGCAGCGAAAAUGAACACGUGGGUACUUGUGAGCCUUCUACUGAAGUGUUUAGGCUCCGCACAGGGUGCCCUCCAACAUGGAAACUCCUCGGCCGCGGCCAACUCCAGUGGUGCUGAGGAGGUGUAUGGCUGCAUGUGUGUGCCCACAGACGAAUGCAAAGAUGACACCGUCGACGCGAAGAAAAAGGUUGGCGCAACGAACGAGUGUGGCCCCGAGCAGGUGUGCUGCUUCCACUUGAUUGUUCGCACGGAAAAGACGGUGGAGACUCACUCCUUCCUAUUCCCGCAGCCAGAGGCACAGGUUUCCCUCACCCAGAAAGGCGAAUUUCCGUGGCAGGCAUUGCUGUUUUCCACUGAAGAGGAAUUCCUUUGCUCUGGUGUCAUAAUAGCUCCCAAAAACGUAUUAAGCACAGCGGACUGCGUGUACAAGUUCCAGGGGCAAAACGCUUCAAAACUCUUCGUUCGCCUUGGUGUCCUGGACAGGAGCGCCUUAGAAAACUCUCCCAUUCAUCAAAACUACUCUGUGGACAAGGUAAUCGUGCAUCCCAAGUUCAGGUCAGCGCAAAUACGGAACGUGGCCGUGCUGAAGCUUCGGGAAGAGGUGGCCACAACGCCCACUAUAGGGCGAGUAGUGCUGGCCAAGCCUGAGGAUGGAUCCUUCGUCGGCAAGCACUGUGUCGUCAGUGGCUGGGGAAAGAACCUCAAGCGCGGGUCCCUGUCUUCUGUGCUUACCAAGGCGAACGUUAGCAUCGUGGAAAGAACGGCCUGCCAAGAAGUCCUCAGGAAGACCAUGCUGGGCCCAUCGUUCGAGCUCGACAAAGGCUCCAUGUGCGUCGCCGGGGAGGGCGGAGCGGCUGCCUGCCAGGGAGACGAUGGUGGCCCGCUAGUGUGCAAGCCCAGCAGUGAGGAUCGCCUUGUGCUCGUGGGGCUGGUGUCGUAUGGCGAGCUGCACUGCGGCCAAUUUGGAGUGCCAGCAGUGUACGCGGACGUGCUUCAGAGCAUGGACUUCAUCACGGAAGCCACGGGUCUUCCUAGAGAGCGCUUUACGAAAGCAUAGGUCCAAAGAGGAGUCAACACACAGAAGCCGAAGGGCGCCCCAUGUGGAUGUACGCCAUCCGCACGGCCCCCUGGGUACCCAGGACUUUUCAUGUGCAUCUUGUACAAAAUUACUCACUACAAUAAUACAUAACUAGAUCGCCUAUAAUCGGAUACAACUUUAGAAAGCUGCGGUAUAUCCACCUCAAAGGCGGAUGCGCACAAGCCUGCACCAAUUGGACCUCACCACAGGCUGACGUCAUGAUCAGGACUGCCGCUGCUCCCGCCUUCGGAGAACAUACCGUAGGCGCGAGCAUGACUCAGUCGCGGAGGCGGUCCGCUGCCGCGCUCCGGACAUGUGGCUGGGGCUUCUCCGGACUUGUUAAGUUGUAUCCGAGGUAUAGAUCGAUUAAACUCACAUUAUGACAGGAAUGCAUGGAAUGCGAGAGAAGGCAGGAUCGGUAGCACAUUUGUGUUACUAUUGACAAGAGAGCGGACCCGCACUUCUUUCUCGCACAAAUAACAGACGUGCAUUCAGUUACGGCAGCUUCGUACGAAUUUAGCAUGUUUACCGUAUAAUCUAGGCAAGCUCAUAACGCCACUCUUCAGUGAGACAGUUAUCGUUAUAUGUAGAUUUAUAUGCUAGCAUGACCCAUCAGCGUACUUGUUCAGCACCGAUAGUAGGAUUAUGUAGCCAAGAGAAUAACCCUACCAGAAGCGAGGGAAAGUGCUAACACUAAUUCAUGGCGUUUUACUUUCCACUAUCGCGAUAUGAUUAUGGCGCGCCCUAGCGGUGGACGCCCGAUUAAUUUCGACCA